UGUGUGUGUGUGUUUGUGGGUGGAUGGUGUAAGGGGCAUUUUUUAUUUAUUUAUUUAUUUAUUUAUUUAUUUUUGCUUGAGUGGGUUAGCCACCGUUUCGGUUUUGUCAGUGACUGAACUUUGGACUUUGUGGGGCUGCUGUGUUCAAGGAGGGUUUGACCUCCUGAACAAAACGGCUGCUGAACAAUGGGGCUGCAGUAUCAGUAAGGAGGGCGACCGCGCUCAGAAACACUGCUCCAAAAAGGGCAAAGGCCAACUGUGGAAGGUCCAGGUGUGCGCGUUGACCCGGCUGGCACAACCAGACGAUCACAUUUUGUGAGGCAGCAUUUGUUUUAUUCUGAAAAUGCGACACGCAUACCUGCCACUGAAACAGCGACAGCCCAAAAGAGCCGCGGGCGCUACAAUGCUAAUGUUGUCGGGGGCUUUGACUUCUCCCAGCCAUUGCAAAGACGCUGCUCUGUGUGACAGCCACGGCGCCGCUCUUCCCCCGGUGUUCGCUAUCCCUCUCUCCACAUUUGGCAGGUGUGUUGGAAAAAGCCCGACCGCGUCCUAUCAGUUAACCUUAAAGUCUGCGCAGUAAUGGACGAAACGGAUAUCAUGGACUUAACGCAUCAGAAAGCGAGAAAGCGACCGCGUCCAAUCAGUUCUGCGGAUGAGUCCGUGCACGCUUCCCUCAAACGGCUCCCGAUCCGAGCAGCGGAGUGCAGGGAGCCCUCACUGAUGUUCGCAGUCAGGGGAGAGCCUGUUCCCGCAGCAUCUCUCAAGCAAAAUGACCAUUCGGUGACUUCAUCUCCAACCACAGUGAUGCCGGCGCAGGAUAAUCGCUCCAGCAUGUCCAGGCCCAUGAUCACACGGUCACCAGUGUCUCCCUUGAGUAACCAGGGCAUCCCCACACCUGCACAGCUCACCAAGUCCAACGCCCCUGUGCACAUCGAUGUGGGCGGACACAUGUACACCAGCAGUCUGGCCACCUUAACAAAAUUCCCAGAAUCCCGAAUUGGUCGUCUCUUUGAUGGCACAGAGCCUAUAGUCCUGGACAGCCUGAAGCAGCACUACUUCAUUGACAGGGAUGGACACAUGUUCCGCUACAUCCUCAACUUCCUCAGGACGUCCAAGCUCCUCAUCCCAGAUGACUUCAAAGACUACAGUCUGCUGUUUGAGGAGGCCCGGUACUUCCAGCUGCAGCCCAUGCUUGCAGAGCUGGAGCGUUGGCGCCAGGACCAGGAGCUGGGCCGGGUGUCACGCCCCUGCGAAUGCUUGGUGGUGCGCGUUGCACCUGACCUGGGCGAGAGAAUCACGCUCAGCGGUGACAAGGCCCUGAUUGAAGACGUGUUUCCAGAGAUUGGUGACGUCAUGUGCAACUCCGUCAAUGCUGGCUGGAACCAUGACUCCACGCACGUCAUCCGUUUCCCACUCAAUGGGUACUGUCACCUCAACUCUGUCCAGGUUCUAGAGCGUCUCCAACAACGUGGCUUCGAGAUUGCUGGCUCCUGCGGUGGAGGCGUGGACUCAUCCCAAUUCAGCGAGUACGUCCUGAGGAGGGAACUGAGGAGGACAGGUCAGCGAGGACCCAAUUCAAACAGGAUAAAGCAGGAGCAGCUGGACUAGAAUCCUCCCGACCAUUAGGAGGUGCUAGACUUUUCUGUGGCAGCCAAACGCUCGAUGCUGCAGAGCUCUGUGGACUCUGUUUUUCUUUGUUUCCUUGUUGUUUUUGUUUUCUUAAACUUGAGAACCAUCUAGAGAAUAAAAAAAAGGUGCAACAGGAGAUUUUUGCCAUAAGAAGAUACAAGAUAUUUGGUAAGUUUGAGAUUGCAAGGACAUUUGUGAUUGUCUAGCCCCAAUAAACCAAUUUAAAAAGGAUUUAUAUACGCUGGAUCCCCAAACAAAGUUUGUUUUAAAACUUGGAGCCUACAUUAGGUUGAAUAUGAUUUCUAUUAUACCCAUAUAAAUUAAAAAGGCUUUUAUCGCUUAUGUAGUACGUUGCAUAGCUUGUCACCAGUGACUUGAUUUUGUUGUCUCACUGGCAAAUUGGCCAAGUUUGUUUUUAUCCCUCGCUGUAAAAAGGUCACUCAUGUGUUGCUUACAGUACAGAAUGUCUCAGUUGUCAUAUACAGUUAGUUUCAACAAAGCAUCUUUUUUUCACAAUAAACAUGAUGUUGAAUAUUGUGAUACAAAUGAAGUGUUUUUUUUUACUUUAAUGGAAGUUAUGUUAUUGGAUUAUGCCAUAAAAUAUAGUUGACAUUAGUAUCACCAAAAUUUAACAUCAAAGACCAUUCUAUACGCAGUAAAGUAAAUAAUUUAGUAAAUUAUUAUGUCACACCAUUUGCCUCAUUUGGGAGUAUGAACUACUAACCCCCAUGUGCUACGUUGGGAAUUAUUUAAUUGGAUCAUAAUGUUCCUCUCAGUGACGACCUGUAAAUUUUUUCAUUGUAUAUGUGUUUGUGUUUUUUACAUUGAAUCUUUUUAAAGCAAAUUUGUUGCCUCAGACAUGGCUGAACAGAUUAAAAGCUUAUUGUACUACCCACUCCAAGAUCACUUUUACUUGUAGCACAUAUUGAUAUGAAGUUGGAUAUAAAGUAUUUCUAAGAUGACUGACCCACCUACGCUCCCUAGAUUUGAGUAAA